UUAGUUUUUUUUAUUUUAGUUUUUUAUUUUCCAGUUUUUUAUUUUAGUUUUAUUUUAUUUUCACCGACGCCGUUCUUUCUUCGGGAACCCCUGGACCUGCUGGAGCUGGACUCCGGCAGUCACCUCCCUUGGUUGUGAAAGUGGCAGCAUGCUCUGACCCUGCAUCAUCAACAUGACACUGGAUGAAAGCGCUCCUGCCCUGGGCUCCUCAUCCACAGCCUCCUCAGCAACAGGCUCAUCCUAUCUUUUCUGAAUCCCAUGAGUGUCCCCUCAGUCUACUUGCCCUCCAGCUGCGAUGUCCUGCGGGAACAGCCAGCAGCAGUGCCGGCCCCCUCCCAAGUACCCCCCGCCAAGAUCUCAGCACAGUGCUCACCCCUAGCACCCCCCACCCCGCCCCAGCUGUGCUCCAGUCCCGGGGGCGGCUGUGACCCCAGCUCCGGGGCGGCUGCUGCCUGGACCACCGUAGGUGCCAUGGAUGCCGGCGAGACAGCUCCGACUCCUGUGACGGUGGUGGUGGGCUGCAGUCUGGGCAGCCAUGCUGGCUCCGGGUGUGGCCAUGGCUCUGGGGGCGGCUGCUGACCCGGGAUCCUGAAGCCAAGACAAGCGCACUGAGAGGAAGAAUCCAAGGACCAUCUCAGCCCAGUGUGUUCUCUCCAGAUACCCCAGUCUCCGAGCGCUUGGCCAGUGGAGAUGUCCAGGAAGCCGCUAAGCUUCCCGGGGUGGCUCCUCCUAUCUGUUCUCCAGGACCAGCCUGAAGGCCCACCCACCUCCUGUCUUCUAGAACUUGCAGUAUCCGCCCCAUCAAUUGUCAUCAUCCAGGUCUGGACCUAUGGAAAAAUAAAGUUUUAAUUCCUCAGCA